AGAACUUCAUCGGAGCCUCAGUCUGCUGACAACUGCCAAGGGAGGUGCUUGUCAAGGAAAACACAGGCAGCUGACUCUCGCUUUCGUACCCAUUGGAGGAAACGGAGCAAUGCUGUUUCGGUCGCUGUUUCCGCUGCUGUUGCUGCUGCUGAUCGGGGUGGGGAGCGUCAGCGGAGCAAACGAGGAGCGAGAUGCGACCACGAGGAGCUCGAGGCCGAGAUCCGAAGGGAAGAGAGCGAAGCAAAUGAGCGCCAAAAGCAAAUCGGAGGCGAAGGUUCAGAAGGCCCUCGGCGACUCAACAGAGGAUUCGAUCUCGGACAAAAGAGGAUCCAAGAGCCUGAAUCUCCGGGAGGAAGAUGCGGAGAAGGAGGAAUCGACGCCGGAGGAAGAGAGAAAAGCGGAACCGAAGCUCCGAGAGGAUGAGAACGAAACGGGCUUCGAGACCGAUCCCGUGCAAAAGAAGCCAGUCAGACAGACGAGCUUCGUAAAACCUAAAAACGAAGGUAAAGAAGACCAGCUCCUGAAAACGAAUCAGAACCAAAGACAGUUUUGGUUUGGUGAUGACCCGCCUCCAGGGAUCCACACAACCUUGUACCAACAUCACCACAGAUUAUCAUGCGACGACGACAAGUGCACAGCGAAAGGAGGCACUUGGCAGCCCUUGGAAGACUGCUCCGGAGAGCAGGACCGACCCAUGCUCUACUGCCCAACUACCGACGAGUUCUGCUGUGGCCAACGCAGGUACAGACACCGUACCAAGAGGUGCAAGCAGUCGGGAGGAAGCUGCCACAUCCACGCGGCAACCUGUCCCGGCGUGGCUGAGAAGAAGAGGUGUCGCAAGGGGAGGAAAUUCUGCUGCUACAUCCCAAAACCAUACGUGAACCUAAGCUGCGAUGGCGAAAUUUACUCGCUGACGGAAGGCGGCCAGGAGAUCACAGCCACCGAAGGGCGCAUCAUAAGCCCCGGGGACAUGGUGCGUUACCGGCGAUACCUGGACGUCUCCGCCGACCUCGUUCUGCCUCCCGGACACGUCGCCAGGAUCGAGUGGAGGGAUAUCGACGUCGAAGAGAACUCGCGGUGCAUGUACGACUACGUGGAGAUUGUCGACACGCUCACCGGCGAGGGGCUCGAACCCUACAACAUCAGCAGGUUCUGCGGAAGGAAAGUCCCUCAUACCAUGGAUUCUAAAAGUAAUUUGGUGACAUUAAGGUUUAAAACUGACUAUAGCGUCCAGGAGGCAGGGUUCGAUAUUUGCUUCCGUGCUGUCCAGGUGUAAGACGCUCUGCUUUCCAGCUCUGAUACGGCAAAUAGAUUUCAUUACCUGGACAAAGCGAGUAAUCAGCUGCGGCUCCGGAUGCAAUAUCAUCUUCCUUUUAACUUUCAACAACGGUAACAAUGAAACAGGAGAGGCAGAAUUCAACUUUCUAUGCAUAAGUCGUUUGAAUGAAUAUGUAAUGAUUACCAAAAGGUAUGUUUUAAUAUCUAGUUACCUACAACCAGGCAUUUUUAUUAUCAUCAAGCAAAACGGUACAUAUUUACACUUUCAUUAGUUACCUGUUUUUUUCUUACAAACAUACUGUAAAUAGAACUGGCAAAUACUAUGUCAACGGUUCAGAACUUCCUGAGUUAAAAAAAAAAAAAAAAAAAUAAGCAUCGGUUAAUGUGUGUAAUCUAUAGCAAGAACACAAGGCUUUCACACAAUUCUUUAGCAAUUAUAGGUAACCAAAUAGUUAUUCCACUUGUAUUACUAAAUGUAUGUGAUCAUUCAGAAGAGCUACUUUUUGUUUUAGAAUAUAUUUGUGGUUUUAAUAAUCAAGACCUCAAUUGCUUCUGGUUAUUGUUAUUAUAAUUGUUUUUCCCAUUCAUAAUAUGCCUCACUGUUUAUAUAAUCAGCCAUUAAUUUCGAAAUAUUUCUCAUCUAGGACAAAUUUCCAAAUAUAUAAUUGUAAACUUUGUGCACAGUAAUAAAGAUCUUUGAAAUUC